AUGUCACUUUCUAACAAGCUGACUUUGGACAAGCUGGAUGUGAAGGGGAAGCGGGUCAUCAUGAGAGUGGACUUCAAUAUUCCUAUGAAGAACAACCAGAUAACGAACAACCAGAGGAUCAAGGCUGCCAUCCCAAGCAUCAAAUACUGCUUGGACAAUGGAGCCAAGUCCGUUGUUCUCAUGAGCCACCUGGGCUGGCCUGAUGGCGUCCCCAUGCCUGACAAGUACUCCUUGGGGCCAGUUGCUGUAGAGCUCAAAUCUCUGCUGGGCAAGGAUGUCUUGUUCUUGAAGGACUGCGUGGGCCCCGAAGUGGAGAAAGCUUGUGCUGACCCAGCUGCCGGGUCUGUCAUCUUGCUGGAGAAAGGCUUUCACGUGGAGGAGGAAGGGAAGGGAAAAGACACUUCUGGGAACAAGGUUAAAGCAGAGCCAGCUAAAAUAGAAGCUUUCCGAGCCUCCCUUUCCAAGCUAGGGGAUGUGUAUGUCAAUGAUGCGUUUGGCACUGCUCACUGAGCCCACAGCUCCAUGGUGGGAGUCAAUCUGCCACAGAAAGCCGGAGGGUUUUUGAUGAAGAAGGAGCUGAACUACUUUGCGAAGGCCUUAAAAAGCUGGGAGCUACCCUUCCUGACCAUCCUGGGCGGAGCUAAAUUUGCAGACAAGAUCCAGCUGAUCAAUAACAUGUUGGACAAAGUCAACGAGAUGAUUAUUGGUGGUGGAAUAAGUUUUGCCUUCCUUAAGGUGCUCAACAACAUGGAGAUUGGCACUUCUCUGUUUGACGAAGAGGGAGCCAAGAUUGUCAAGGAUCUGAUGGCCAAAGCUGAGAAGAACGGUGUGAAGAUUACCUUGCCAGUUGACUUCGUCACUGCCGACAAGUUUGAUGAGAAUGCCAAGACUGGCCAAGCCACUGUGGCCUCUGGCAUACCUACUGGCUAUAUGGGCUUGGACUGUGGGCCUGAGAGCAGCAAGAAGUAUGCCAAGGCUGUCGCGAGGGCCAAGCAGAUUGUGUGGAACGGACCUGUGGGCGUAUUUGAAUAGGAAGCUUUCGCCCGAGGGACCAAGGCCCUCAUGGACGAGGUGGUGAAAGCCACUUCCAGGGGCUGCAUCACCAUCACAGGUGGUGGAGACACUGCCACUUGCUGUGCCAAAUGGAACACGGAGGACAAAGUCAGCCAUGUGAGCACCGGGGGUGGUGCCAGCUUGGAGCUCCUGGAAGGUAAAGUCCUUCCUGGGGUGGAUGCUCUCAGCAAUGUUUAGUACUUUUCCCAC